CCCUCCCUCUCCCAAAACUUCCCAGCGUCUGCUCUUUCCGAUUCCGGACGGCCGGCCGGGCUCGCCGCCGAGCUGGAGAACUACGAUGACCCACACAAAACCCCUGCCUCCCCAGUUGUCCACAUCAGGGGCCUGAUUGACGGUGUGGUGGAAGCUGACCUUGUGGAGGCCUUGCAGGAGUUUGGACCCAUCAGCUAUGUGGUGGUAAUGCCUAAAAAAAGACAAGCGUUGGUGGAGUUUGAAGAUGUGUUGGGGGCUUGCAACGCUGUGAACUAUGCGGCCGACAACCAAAUCUACAUUGCUGGUCACCCAGCCUUUGUAAAUUAUUCCACCAGCCAGAAGAUCUCCCGCCCAGGAGACUCUGAUGAUUCCCGAAGCGUCAACAGUGUGCUUCUCUUUACCAUUCUGAACCCCAUCUAUUCCAUUACCACGGAUGUUCUUUACACUAUUUGUAACCCUUGUGGCCCUGUCCAGAGAAUUGUCAUUUUCCGGAAGAAUGGAGUCCAAGCCAUGGUGGAAUUUGAUUCUGUGCAGAGUGCCCAGCGGGCCAAGGCCUCACCCAAUGGGGCUGAUAUAUACUCUGGCUGUUGCACUCUGAAGAUCGAAUAUGCGAAGCCUACACGCUUGAACGUGUUCAAGAAUGAUCAAGAUACUUGGGACUAUACAAACCCCAACCUCAGUGGGCAAGGUGACCCUGGCAGCAACCCUAACAAACGCCAGAGGCAGCCCCCUCUCCUGGGAGAUCACCCCGCAGAAUAUGGAGGGCCCCACGGUGGGUACCACAGCCAUUACCAUGAUGAGGGCUAUGGUCCCCCCCCACCUCACUACGAAGGGAGAAGGAUGGGCCCACCAGUGGGGGGUCACCGCCGGGGCCCAAGUCGCUACGGUCCCCAAUAUGGGCACCCCCCACCCCCUCCCCCACCAGCCGAGUACGGCCCUCACGCCGAAAGCCCUGUGCUCAUGGUCUAUGGCUUGGAUCAGUCUAAGAUGAACUGUGACCGAGUCUUCAAUGUCUUCUGCUUGUACGGCAAUGUGGAGAAGGUGAAAUUCAUGAAAAGUAAGCCGGGGGCUGCCAUGGUGGAAAUGGCUGAUGGCUAUGCUGUGGACCGAGCCAUUACUCACCUCAACAACAACUUCAUGUUUGGACAGAAGCUGAAAGUCUGUGUCUCUAAGCAACCUGCCAUCAUGCCUGGUCAGUCGUAUGGGCUGGAAGACGGGUCCUCCAGUUACAAAGACUUCAGUGAAUCAAGGAACAAUCGGUUCUCCACUCCGGAGCAGGCAGCCAAGAACCGCAUCCAGCACCCUAGCAAUGUGCUGCACUUCUUCAAUGCCCCUCUGGAGGUGACAGAGGAGAACUUCUUUGAGAUUUGUGAUGAGCUGGGAGUGAAGCGGCCAUCUUCUGUGAAAGUAUUCUCAGGCAAAAGUGAACGCAGCUCCUCUGGGCUGCUGGAAUGGGAAUCCAAGAGUGAUGCCCUGGAGACUUUGGGCUUCCUGAACCAUUACCAGAUGAAAAACCCAAAUGGUCCAUACCCUUAUACCCUGAAAUUGUGUUUCUCCACUGCUCAGCACGCCUCGUAAUUAGGUGCCGAGGAAGAGUCCUAUCUGAGCAGGAAAUAAUUUCUUUCCUUUGUUUUUUUGUUUUUGUUUUUGUUUUCCGCAAAAGUUCCUAUAUUCCUUUUAUCUCUUUUUUUUUAAAUGCUAGGUUAGAGGCUUAACCAUAAUGGAAACGAUGGAAGGGGAGGGGAAGGGAAUUGAUAUUUCCCAAGAUUAACCUUCACUUUUAAGAAAUUAUUGUACAUGUGAUUUUUUUCCCCCGUUCAUACAUUCGUGCUGCCUAUGUACUCUUGGCACAUUUCAAUAAAAUUGUUUGGAAAAUUAA